UUCAUUGGCCAAGAUGCGCCAUGGCACCUCGUGCGGGAAAGAAUAUAUCUUAUGUAAUCCUUGUUGCGAUGGCUGGAUAAGCGCCCGGGGAAGAAGAAGUCCAGCAGAGAUGAUGCGUUUUAGACUUGUACCGAACUUGAGUCAAUCGGCGCCAGUCAGUUCUGACGACCCGGCUUCUGAGUCCGGGUCGCCGAAAGACACAUCACAUAUGCAUCCUGCGUGACCGUUUCACAUGCGAUCCGCGUACUCUAGAAGCAAUCAGCAUCAUGAACGGUAGAUUUGCCAAAGAGGAGGAGGAGGAUUAACACCAUACCGUCCAUACUUGUCCCUGAGAGGUCUACAGCACCCUGCGUAGCUCCAACUGUGAUUCAGUGUUCUGUAGCAUCAGAGCUCAGCUAUAUGGGUCGCCCAUGAGGCCAUGACGGUAUGAUGCUGCCUGGUGAGCACGUGUUUAGCAGGACAAGAGCCUCCGCAGUUCACCUGGUCAAGCCAAGGCUUACCAGCCUACUCCCGCAUCCCCGUCAGCCGCGACCAAAUCAAAACGGCCCGCCCGACCCCCUAGUAUUUCCUAGUCCACUCCCACACCACCAGCUUGGCAAGCCUGGAGUAAUUGGGCCCGCCCCCGCGCGACCGCCACCCCCGACACGGUCACGCCCCGACGGCGCCGAAUUGAUCGCGCGCCGCGCGGCACGUAUAUAUACCGCCUCCGCGGUCGCGGCGGCAGCCGGUUGGUGUCGGGCACGGGUUGCAGUUGCUACCUUAGCUUUGGCACCCCCGCCGCGGGAGGAAGGAUGGCGAGCCACCACCACGACGCGCUGUGGGCGAAGCUGCACGAGCUGGAGGUGCAGCUCGCGGCGUACAAGCUCCUGCGCGCGGCGCGCGGCGGGGAGGACGCCGGGACGGCGCCGGGGGGCGGCGCCCGCCGCGGCAGGCAGUACGACGCCUACAUGCGCCGCCGCGACGCCAGGCGCGUGGCCGCCGCGGAGCUGCUGCUGCUGCAGCAGCACGAGACGGCGAAGGCUCAGCAGGCUCGAGGCGCACGCGCCUCGGUGCUUACCGUGCCGGUGAGCCCGCGCGCGCUCCGGUGCACGACCCGGGACACGCAGGAGGCAGGCGUCGCCACACCGCGGCUUGCCGUUGCUCAGGCCAAGAGGACGCUGGCGGCGUCCAUCCCGAGCACCCCGAGGAGGGACGCCGCGGCGCUGCCGAGGAGCAAGACCGUGAGCGGUGGCGGCGGCGCGGCGAGCAGCCCGGCGAGGUCGUCGCACCACCAGAGGCGGAGCAGCCUGGGCGCGCUCGCCGAGUUCGGCGAGUGCGCCACACCGAGGCCGUUCCUCAAGCGCGGCACGGGCACGGGCGGCGCGGCGGCGCCCGCGAGGCUGCGGACGCCGCGGGUGCACGACCUCCCGGCCAUCGACGUGGCGCCCAGCACGCCGAGGCCGCUGCCGCUGCCGCUGCAGGAGCCCGCGCACGUCCACGGGCCGCGCCACGCCCGGUCCGUGUCCGAGCUGCCGCUCGACGCGGCGCUGGCCUCGCCGCAGGCGCGGGCGAGGAAGCGGUGGGGCAGCCCGGAGCGGCCGGCGGCGAUGUUCUCAGCCGCCGGCGCCGGCGACUCGCGCCGGGACCUGUCCAAGGGGCUCAGGAAGCUGCUGAGCUUCGUGAGGAAGGGCGGCAGGAGCGGCGACCAGCAGGCUUUCCCGGCGCCGAGCCCGCGCGGGAGCGGGAAGCCCGUGAGCAAGGGGUGGUCCGAUUGCUCCCUCGUCGACGUCCCGUUAGACCGCGCGAGCCUGGAGGCGCACCGGUUCCCCAUGACGCGCGCGGUUGGCAUCUCCGGAUGAGGCGGCCUGCGCGGAACGGCGCCGAACCGUGACAUGUCCAGGUGGAGGAAGCCUUUGAUUGCUUUGCGUCCAGGUGGUUCGAGCCAGAGUGUUGCUGCUGCUCACUGGCUGCCCCCCGUGCUUGGUAUUGCGCUUGGGAGCAUGCCAGAUGCCCAGAAUUCGUGAGCUAGUGAUCAAGCCGGGCUCAGAAUGCAGGGGGAUUAAAAAAGAUCUUAUUCUGUGUGGGAACCGAACCAUUUUUCUUCCUUGUAAAAAUGCAUAGUAGGGCGUGGUGACGAGUAGUAGCAUCGAUCGUCCGCCAAUCAAAUUUUGUUGCGUCUGGUUAGAGAUUGAAUUUGUGGCUUUUGCAUGGUACAAAAUCUUGUUAAACAAACAUGAGCCGUGCUGUUUCACUUCAUAUUAUUCUUUCACGGGUUAAUUUCAAUUUCAGCGCCCCCCGACUGUUCUGUU